UAGGUACCCGGGUAGGUAGGCAGGUACUUUUUUACCCCAAACUUGCGGGCAGGCACAGCUUGGGAGCAGGGGCACUUUCAAGGGUGUCGCGAUCCAAGCGCGGCGCAAUCGCGAUUUCAGACCUGCAACAUCACAUCACACAUCUUUACCUGCUGCCUCUGACAAUGCAAACCCGUCACCGCCCAAAGUCUUAGCAACACCCCAAUAAUGCAACUUAUCAAGCCUUCCUGGCUUAGCCACAGUGGCGAACAGAAGGACUUCGAAGUUUACAGCUGCCAUGUCUCCCCGGACGGGUCGAGGCUCGCAACGGCUGGCGGUGAUGGCCACGUCCGAGUUUGGUCCACCGAGUCGAUAUACCAGUCCGACGACCCCUCUUACUCGAAGCCGCGCCAGCUCUGCCACAUGAGCCACCACCUGGGCACAAUCCACUCCGUUCGAUUCUCCCCCAACGGCCGUUAUCUUGCUUCUGGCGCCGACGACAAGAUCAUCUGCAUAUACCACCUCGAUACCAGUCCUCCAUCACAUGCGGCCACGUUUGGCACCAAUGAGCCCCCGCCGGUCGAGAACUGGAAGACAUAUAAGCGCCUCGUGGGCCAUGACAACGACGUGCAGGACCUCGCCUGGUCCCAUGACAACUCCCUGCUGGUCUCGGUAGGCCUGGACUCCAAGGUGGUUAUCUGGUCAGGGCACACAUUCGAGAAGCUCAAGACCCUGGCCGUACACCAGAGCCAUGUCAAGGGCAUUACCUUCGACCCGGCCAACAAGUAUUUCGCCACGGCGAGCGACGAUCGAACAAUUAAGAUCUUCCGAUUCACCUCCCCGGGCCCAAACGCGACUCACCACGACAUGAUUAACAACUUUGUCCUGGAGACGACAAUAUCAUCGCCUUUCAAGAGCUCUCCGUUGACGACGUACUUCAGGAGGUGCUCUUGGUCGCCGGACGGCAACCACAUUGCUGCAGCCAACGCUGUGAAUGGACCUGUUAGCUCGGUAGCUAUUAUUGAGCGAACGCGAUGGGACAGUGAGAUAAAUUUGAUCGGACACGAGGGCCCGACCGAGGUCUGCAUGUUCUCGCCGCGUUUGUUUUACACCCAACCCCCGGCCGCGGAUGGUUCUUCGAACGGCCAGGGGGCCGGCAACUUGGUGACGGUAAUCGCUUCGGCCGGGCAAGAUCGGACACUCAGCAUAUGGAACACGAACACGUCCCGGCCACUGGUUAUCAUGCAGGACCUGGCCUCCAAGUCGAUAUCUGAUCUGUCCUGGUCGCCCGAUGGCCAAAGUCUAUUCGCGUGUAGUUUGGACGGCAGCAUUGUGUCGGUUAAGUUCGACACGGGCGAGCUUGGCUGGGUUGCAACUGCAGAGGAGAAUGACAAGGCCCUCCAAAAGUACGGAGGUGGCAGGAAGGCAAUGGGCAUUGCAGAAGAUGUGGACGGCCUGGCCCUUGAAAACCACAGCAAAGCCGGCGAGCUACGAGGUGCAGAAUCGAGAAUGGGCGCUCUGAUGGGCGACUUCCAGCCUGCCAACAAAGAGCCGCCGCCUGCGCCUAAUGGAGUGUCCACGAACGGCAAUUCUGACCCCGCAGACAAGGAGAAGGAAAAGGACAAACUAGCAGAGGCCGACAAGACUGCAGAGCGGAUCAAGGAGCUCAAGUCACGCGUCACUAUCACGAAGGACGGCAAGAAGCGAGUUGCGCCACUACUGAUAUCCUCUUCAGGCACUGGCACCUCUUCAUUACCACAAACACAGCUGAUCGGGUCAAAGACGGUGGCAGCGCGGGAUGACGCCCCGCAGACCAUCAUGGACAUUACGAAACCAUUAGAUGGCUUACCACCAGGCGGAAUCGCGGCAAUGCUUCUGGGUAACAAACGGAAAGUUGUCGCAGUCGAAGGAGAGGAAGAUUACGAGCACGCGCCGAAACGAAUAGCAGGGCCAACGCCUAUCAUGGCCAACGGCAUCGACGGUGUAGAACCCGCAACACUGCAACCGCCACAACACGGCGCUGUACCGGCGCCCGAGUUUCUGCGGCCCGCGUUGAUGAGCCCAUCACUUUCAGUUUCUCAAGUAAGGCUCGGCAUUCCAAAAGUACGUUCACAGAUACUUCGGUCACUGGAGAAGGGGGUGCUGCAAGCCGAGACCAGCCUGGAAGAAGCUGCCAAAGUCCCCGAGAAUAUAAUAUUCGAGGCCAAGAAUUCGGCACAGCCUAGAGAUCCCUCGCAUGUCACUGCUUCCAAGAGGGGUGCCGUGUUGUGGCAGGACUUCCUGCCACAAGCGGUUCUGCUUGUAACUGGGACCAAGUACUUUUGGGCAGUGGCCUGCGAAGAUGGAACAGUGUAUGCAUGGACGCCGGCAGGUCGCCGCUUCAUCAGCGCGAUGGUUCUCGAGUCACAGCCUGUCAUCCUGGAGAGUCGGGGACACUGGCUGCUGUGCAUCACAGCGUGCGGUCUGGCGAAUGUGUGGAACGUCAGGGACAUGAAGGCGGCGCACCCGCCUGUUUCGCUUGGUCCCAUCCUCGGCCUUGCCGUCACCUCACUAAAUCAGCACUCUGCGACACCGGGGCCGGGAGUUACUUCUGCACACCUCAACUCAACGGGUCAUAUAGUCGUGACAUUGACCAACGGCGACGGUUUCUACUACGCCCGAGAGAUGUACACGUGGCAACGCCUUUCGGAGUCCUGGUUCGCAGUGGGCUCUCAAUACUGGAACAGCAACGACAGCUCCGUCAGCGCCCUGCAGUCGACUGCGGUCGGCCCGGUGUCCAAGCCAAAAGAGAAGAAGGACGAGGGCGUCAGCGUGUCGGCCGGAAUAAUACCAUUCCUGGAGCGACAUACAACCACGGAGUUCUUGCUCAAAGGCCGCGCGUACACGCUGCAGCGGCUCAUCAAGACCCUGCUGUCGAAGGAAGGGUUUGAGGGCUUCGAGAGCAGCGUCAGCAUCGCUCACCUCGAGAGCCGCAUCGCGGGUGCCCUGCAGAUCGGCGCAAGGGACGAGUUCAGGCUGUACCUGUUCAUGUACGCCAAGCGGAUUGGGGCGGAGGCGCUCAGGGGCAAGGUGGAGGAGCUGUUGAACGGGCUGAUGGGCGGGAUCCUGAAGGAGAAGGAGGAUAACGACCAGGCAGAGGGCUUUGGCUGGUUCUCCAAUGGUGACGAGAUCUGUGGGUGGGACCGCAAGGAGCUGCUAAAGGGGGUCGUCAUGAUUCUGGGUAAAUUCCGGGAGUUGCAGCGGCUCACUGUGCAGUACGCGCGUGUUCUCGAGCUCACCUUGGAGCAAGACGAGGAUGACGACGCCAUGGCUAUGGAGACAUGAUAACUCGAGCUGUGUCCUUUUCCUCCGCUUGUGUCCCCGUUUAUGGCUAGCACCUACCGUGAGGGUGUGGUCUGUCCACGGGGCGGGUGCUGGGCGAUGUGUUGUUCUGGCGUUCUCGGGGAGGCGUGGUGGUCAUCAUCAUGAAGCUCAAAAAUAGGACUUUCCGGCCCCGUCUUCGCGGGGCUUGGCAGGGCUUGGUGUGUCUGAAUAUUUGUGAAAUCAUUGGCACAGCAUCGAGAACUGAUAACGGGGGGGGGGGUCGUGUAUGUUUGUACGUGUUUUUAAUGCUGUCGCCGCCCAGGCUGAAAAGGGAUGCCCUCUCAUGUUUUGGUUAAGCCGUUGGUGUAAGUAGGUAGCUUCGAGGGGCAAUGAUUCAUUCCAAGUGUUGGAGA